AUGUCACCCAAGGUCACUCUGUAUUGGCUUGACAAGUCGAGAGCUCAGCGAUUCAUCUGGCUCCUCGAAGAGUGCAAUGUCGACUACAAUAUUGAAAUCUUCAAGCGCACGCCAGAGAUGCUUGCACCUCCCGAGUUGAAGAAAGUGCACCCUCUGGGCAAGUCGCCUGUAAUUGGUAUCCACGCACCUGGUAAAACCGAGCCUACGAUCCUUGCAGAGUCCGGGUUCAUCACCGAGUACCUGACCGAGCACUUUGCUCCCCAUCUCGCCCCCAAGAGAUACGAGGAGGGCAAGGAAGGUCCCGGUCUUGAGACCGAAGAGUGGCUACGCUACCGCUUUUUCAUGCACUAUGCCGAGGGCUCAUUAAUGGCCUUGAUGGUUACCAACCUCAUUUUCAGCAUGCUCAAAGGCGAUAAGAUCCCCUUCUUCCUCCGACCCGUCACAGGGGCCAUUGCCGGUAGAGUAGACGCUGCGUACUUCAAGCCCAACUUCAAGACUCACUUCGACUUCUUGGAGCAGCAGCUCGCCACCGCACCUAACGGCGGCGGUUUCCUUUGUGGCAAGGACCUCACUGCCGCAGACAUUUUGAUGUCUUUCCCCAUGCAGGCUGGUCAGAAGCGACUCAAGAUGAUCAACGCGACUGCCUACCCUAAGUUGAACGAGUAUGUCAAUAAGCUUGACAGCAUGCCUGGCUACAAGCGCUCGAUCGAGAGGAUUGAAAAAGAGUCAGACAUAACCUACGAACUCUUCUAA